AUGUCUGACCCUAAGGAACAAGGUAAACCAGAGGGUGACCCUCCCAUCCAGGCAGCAAAAACCAUUCUGAAGACCAAAAUCUACAACCAAACGAGGAUGUCACAAAGACCUCAAGACGCAGAGAUCAAGGCCCCAGGUAGCUGCUACUGGACAGCAGAGCGUGACGGCGAGGUAAAACUGCGCAUGAGCAAGAAUGUGGAGAACGAGCCUCCGGUCACCGUGCCUGACCUGAUCAUGAGCGCUGCCACCAAGUACUCGCACUACCUGGCGAUAGGCUCCAAAUACAAGAAGAACUGGCAGCUGCUCACCUACAUCGAAUACUACGAGGCCUGCCGUCGCGCAGCCAAGGCCUUCCUCAAGGUGGGCCUGGAACGCUUCCAUGGCGUGGGUAUAAUGGGCUUCAAUUCCACGGAGUGGGUGAUUGCCAGCAUUGGAGCCAUCAUGGCAGGUGGCAUCUCUGUGGGCAUCCUGUCCAGCAACUCGCCCAAAGCCUGCCAGGUCAUUGCUGAAGCCUCAGAGAUAGACAUCAUCGUGGUGGAUAAUGACAAACAGCUCCAGAAAGUUAACCAGAUCCAGGGCUACCUGAAGCACCUCAAGGCCAUUGUACAAUACAGAGAAGACAUCCAGGAAGUACAGCCCAAUCUAUACUCGUGGAAAGGCUUCCUGGACCUCGCAGAUGGCAUCUCGGAUGAAAAACUGGACCAAAUCAUCGACUCCCAGAAGCCUAACCAGUGCUGUGCUUUGGUGUACAACCAGGGCACCAUAGGGGCCCCAAAAGUCAUGAUGCUUAGCCACGACAACAUCACAUGGACCACAGCAGCCACCGUUCAGAGCCUGGGGUACAAGUGUCCGCCUGAUGGUCAGGAGGUCCUUGUGAGCUACCUGCCGCUCUGCUACGCUGGGGUCCAGAUCUUGGAUGUGUGGGUGGCCAUCUCCGUGGCUGGAACAGUCUACUUCCCCUCGUCGGAGGCAGGGAAGUGGGAUGGGCCACCACGAGCCCCUGGCACGGGCUUCCUGUCAGAGAUGCUCCGCGAGGUCCAGCCCACCACGUUCUGUGGUAUCCCGUGGGUGUGGGACCGUAUGCUGGACAACAUGAAGACCAAACACUUGGAUGCCACCGCAUUCCGCAGGAAGAUCGACCGCUGGGCCAUGCGCGUGGGACUCAACACCCACAGGAGGCGGCUGCAGGGGCAGAUCCACCAGCCACUGUGCUUCGGCCUAGCCAAGAGGCUGACCUUCGACCCUGCCAGGAAGUUCCUGGGUCUCAAACAUUGCCAGCAGUUCCUGAACCUGGGUCUGGGGCUGCCGAAGGCCACGGUGGACUUCUUCCUCAGCCUGGACAUCCCCAUCUUUCAGAUGUACGGCUUGACCGAGAGCAGCGGGCUGCACUCUCUGUCCAGCCACCAGGCCUUCCGACUCCUGAGCUGUGGGAAGGCACUGCCCAACUGUCACACAAAGGUGGAAAAAGAGAACCGCGAAGGCAUCGGGAAGUUAUGCAUGUGGGGCCGCCACAUCUUCAUGGGCUACGUCAACGACAAGGUCAGCACGGAGAGGAAGAUGGACAGCCAGGGUUGGCUACACACGAACGACCUGGGCUUCUUGGAUGUUGACAAGUUCCUCUAUGUCAUGGGAAAUAGCAACGAUAAGAUCACACUGAGUUCGGGCGAGGUGGUCAACCCGUGUCCCAUUGAGGACCGAGUGAAGACGCGCAUCCCCAUUGUGCGCUAUGUGAUGCUGGUGGGCCAGAAUGCCCCAUACCUGUGCGCCCUCCUCACGUUAAAGUGUCAGAUCAAUCCAGAGACUGGAGAGGCUCGGGGCGCCCUGACCAGUGAGGCCGUGGCCUGCUGCCGGAAGCUGCGGAGCCAGUCCACCUGGUUGACAGAUGUCCUAGAAAACCGUGACCCCUUGGUCACAGAGUUCAUCAACCAGGGCAUCCAGGACGUGAAUGCGGAGGCACCCUCGGAGAGCGCCAAGAUCAUUAAGUGGGUCAUUCUAGACAGCGAUUUCUCUGUUGGCGGUGGGGAGCUCGGGCCCAUGUCCAAACUGAACAGGAACAAUGUGACGAAGAUAUACCAGGAGGACAUCCAGAAAUUCUACGAGAUAAGCACCUAG